AAAUAAUAUUAUGUUAUAUUGUUCAAAUACAAUGGCAUUUCAUAACUUAUGUUUUCAAAAUUCAUACUCCGUUAAUAAUACUACUUGUUUACCUAUAAAAUUAUUACAAUUUGUUCUUCGUUUGAUGAUUAAUUCAUAACCGAUAGUUCUAGUUUACCAUGAUGUUAUCGAAAUCAAAAAUUGCUUCAAUCAGAGAUACGUUAAAUUCUGAAUUUCCAUUUAGGCAGGUACAAAUAAAUACGUUGUCCAACUUCUUUUUAAAUGAAGAUGGAGUUUUACCUCCAUGUGUUUUUAUCCAUGGUCCACCAUCUACUGGUAAGACAAGUUUAGUAACUCGAUUAUUGUAUUUACUUAAAAAAUCAGUCAAAUCAUCUAUUGUGAAUUCUAUAUGCUGUUACACAAGUCGAUUAUUAUUUGAACCUAUUUUAAAAGAUUUAUUAGAAGUUAAGCAAAGCAAUAUACCUAAUCGGUGUGAUUAUUUUAUGCAAUUUUUAAACAUAUUAAAACAUGCAGAAAUUCAACAAGAACGAGUGAUUAUAGUGUUGGAUAAUUGUGAAAUGUUAGGACAGGAACAUAUGGUUUUAUUUUCAAAAUUACAAGAGCUUAUAAAAAGUUAUCAGUUUAGUGUUAUAUUUAUUAGCCAAGUAGUUCCUGCUAAAUUUAAUGAGGACAUUAAUUUUAUACCAAUAGUGUUUGAACAGUAUAAUAGUGAUGAUGUAUCUAUUAUUUUAUCAAGGGAUAAACCAAACAAUUGGAGUUUAUCUAUUUACCAAAAUUUUUUAAAUGUUUUUAUGGGAUCUUUUUAUGGAAGCUGUCGAGAUUUGGUAGAAUUAAGACAUUUGGCAAAACUCCUAUUCAUCAAGUAUGUAGAGCCAAUAGCAGAUGGAUCAUGUGCAGAAAUCAAUCAAACUUUACUAUUCAGAAAAAUUAGUCCUAGUAUUCACUUUUUGCUCAAUAAUGUUUAUCUUGGAUCAAGUUUGGAAAAUAUCAACAGUUUGUCUGAUGAGAAAACAAAAUUUGAAAAACUUGCUCUGGAUUUACCAUAUUAUGCCAAAUAUUUUUUAAUUGCUGCAUAUAUUGCAUCAUUUAAUUUACCAAAAUAUGAUAGGCAAUUGUUUGUUAAAUCAUCAAACAAAAAAAGGAAAACUGAUCGGUUAAACAAUAAAACAGAAAAUUCUGCUAGUCAACUAGUUGGACCUAAGGUUUUCUCGUUAGAUCGUUUACUAGCAAUAUUUUAUGCCAUUAUUGAAGAAAAUACAAACAUGACUGCCAACCUUUUAGCGCAAAUUAAUACAUUAUCGGAUUUGGGACUAUUAAUACGUUUAGGCGAUGGUAAAUUGGAUACCCCUAAAUACAGAUGUAGCGUUAGUUUUGACUGUGUCAGUAAUAUUGCUCGGACAGUGAAGUUUAAUUUAAAUAAAUAUCUUAUAGAUAAGUAAUACUUAA